AUGGCCGGAAGAAACGCUGGGAGGAAUGAUGAGGCUCUUGCUGCAGCUAUGCAGGCAAUGGCUCAGGCGUUCCAGAACCCACCCAAUGCUGACGAGAACGUGGGGUCUCGUAGUCUGGCGACGUUUCAGAGGGAGAACCCGCCUACUUUUCUGGGUAGGUAUGAUCCUGAAGGAGCCUUGGCUUGGUUGAAGGAGAUUGAAAGAAUCUUCAGAGUGAUGGAUUGCACUCUUGUGCAAAAGAUCCGUUAUGGAACUCAUAAGCUGUUAGGUGAAGUCGAUGAUUGGUGGGUGGACACUCGUCUAAGGUUGGAAACUGCGGGCGAGGAGAUUACUUGGGAAGUGUUUCGUAGAGAAUUUCUGAGGAAGUAUUAUCCAGAAGAUGUGCGAGGAAAGAAAGAGAUUGAAUUCCUCGAGUUGAAGCAAGGGAACUUGUCAGUCACGGAGUAUGCUGCUAAGUUCACUGAAUUGGCUAAGUUCUAUCCUCACUUUGAUGGAGCCAAUGCCGAAUUCUCUAAGUGCAUCAAGUUUGAAAAUGGAUUGCGUCCGGAAAUUAAGAAAGUUGUGAGAUAUCAAAAGAUUCGCGUCUUUGCGGAUCUGAUUGAUAGUUGUAGAAUCUUUGAAGAGGACAACAAUGCACACUAUAAGAUCUUAUCUGAGAAGAGAGAAGGGGGCCAACACAGCCGUGGUAAGCCAUAUGAAACUCCGGUUGGAAAAGGGAAACAGAAAGUGAUUCCGGGUCGAAGAACAAGUGGGGGAGAUGCUCUUGCUAAUGUUAUCUGUUUCAAGUGUGGAAAGCCGGGUCACAAGAGUAAUGUGUGUAGGCUUGGUGAAACGAGAUGUUUCCGUUGUGGUAUGCCGGGACAUGCGGCUCGUGAUUGUAAGCAGAAGGAUGUUACUACAAAUGAAGAUGGACUUGUUCGAGGUACUUGUUUCAUUAAUAGCAUUCCUUUAAUUACUAUUAUUGAUACCGGUGCCACACACUGUUUUGUUGCUGCGGAUUGUGUUGAAAGAUUAGGUCUUUCUUUGUCUUCCUUGGGUAGAGAUAUGAUUAUUGAGGUUCCCGCUAAGGGAACGGUAUCUACGUCUCUUGUGUGUAAGAGUUGCCCCUUGUCAAUAUUUGGUAAAGAAUUUGUAGUUGAUCUUGUUUGUUUGCCGCUUGUCGGGUUGGAUGUAGUAUUGGGUAUGGACUGGUUGAAAUCCAACUAUGUUCAUAUUAAUUGCUACAACAACACUGUGAGGUUUUCUUCUGUCGAAGAAGAGGGAAGAACAGAAUUGUUAUCCAAGAAACAAUUGAAGGAGUUCAUAGAAGAAGACGCGUUGGUGUUCUUGUUGAUGGCAAGCUUGUCUGUGGAGAGUCAGGUUGUAAUUGCGGACUUGCCGGUGGUGUGCAAUUUCCCUGAAGUUUUUCCCGAUGAGAUUCCUAGUGCACCGCCAGAAAGAGAAGUUGAGUUCACUAUUGACCUUGUACCUGGUACUAGACCCAUCUCUAUGGCGCCGUAUAGGAUGUCAGCAUCAGAGUUGGCUGAACUGAAGAGUCAGCUAGAGGAUUUGCUUGAAAGGAAGUUUGUGAGACCUAGUGUAUCACCUUGGGGAGCUCCAGUUUUGCUGGUGAAAAAAAAAAGACGGAAGCAUGCGACUUUGUAUUGA